ACACCCCUUCCGCUGAAAUCACCUACAACUCUUGUUUCUUUUCACGGUCGACGUUGAUUCUUCUUUCUUUUUGGAAACUAACAACAUCUUGGAACUGUUUCUACUCAGCUCUUACAUUACGUUGAAUGCUUGCUGUUCCAAGGAUCUUUCGCACGGCUGAGGAGUAUUCCAGCAAAUUCUGGAUACUCCUUGCGUCAGGACCUUUUUGAACACUGUCUACUACCUCACUGAACCGCCUUCACAACCAACUUCCGAAAUCGCAACCAUCUAUUGGAGCAUUGAUAAUCUCUCGGCACUCCUGAAGUCUCAGCAACUCGAUCGACCACACUCGGAAACUCGUUUCGCUCGCAACAGAGGCAAUACCGAGGUAUAGACAACACUCAAUUAUGCUACCCCCCAUCCCCGAACUCUCCGACUAUGGAAUCUCUGCAACCCAUGGAUUCCUACCGGACGUUCUCCCGUUGACACGGCUGCCGGACCCCUACUAUAACAAGUGGGAGGCCAUUGUCGCCAACUUACAGGCUCUCGUUCUCAGCCGCCGCCUUCGUCCGGUUGUAGACCGCUUGCCUGUUCUCUCCACCAUCGGUCUGGAACACGACGCAGAAUGGCGGAGAGCCUACUCUUUGUUAUCCUUCAUGGCUCAUGCCUACAUCUGGGGUGGCGAUGAGCCUUGCGAUCAACUCCCGCCCUCCGUCACCGUUCCCUUCUUGAAGAUCUCGAAUCAUCUUGAGCUGCCUCCGGUUGCUACCUACGCCGCAUUGUGCCUUUGGAACUUCAAGCCUCUUUUUGUCGACGAGGACAUUGACAAUCUCGAGAACCUGGCCACCCUCAACACCUUCACUGGUUCUCUCGACGAGUCGUGGUUCUACCUCGUCUCUGUCGCUAUCGAGGCCCGUGGCGGUCCCAUCAUCCCCCUCAUGCUGGGUGCCGUGGAAGCUGCUCGCCGAGGAGAUGUCUCGACCGUUACCCGGAGCUUGCGCACCUUUGCCGAGCGGCUGACCGACCUGACCAUCAUCUUGCAGCGCAUGCACGAGAGUUGCGAUCCCAACAUCUUUUACAAUCGCAUCCGCACCUUUCUUGCUGGGAGCAAGAACAUGGCCGAAGCCGGUCUUCCUGACGGCGUCAACUAUGACGAUGGCUCUGGAAAGGAGGACUACCGUCAGUACAGCGGCGGUAGCAAUGCUCAGAGCAGUCUGAUACAAUUCUUCGAUGUCAUCCUUGGUAUUGAUCAUCGCCCAACGGGCGAAAAGCGGGAUCCCUCAACCGAGUCGGAGCGCGAGUCAAGGGCUCCGGUUCCAAAGCACAACUUUAUUAUGGAGAUGCGUCGGUACAUGCCCGGACCCCAUGCUCGCUUCCUCAAGGAUGUCUCUGGCAUUGCCAACAUCCGCGAGUUUGUCGAGAACCACAAGCGCGAACGCGACUUGUGUCUCGCCUAUGAUGCAUGUCUCGCCAUGCUUAGUGCAUUCCGCGACAAGCAUAUAGCCAUCGUCACCCGCUACAUCAUCCUUCCUUCACGCGAGGUGCGUGCUCGCAGCAGGUCGAGAAGUCCUGAGGCGACGCGCUUGCGUGUCAAUCUAGCCACAGCCUCGCGCCAACGUCAGUCGAACGCCCAGGGUAACAACUUGCCGGCUGCCGACGGCAAGAAGAACCUGAAGGGCACAGGAGGUACUGCUCUCAUCCCGUUCUUGAAACAGGCGCGCGAUGAGACUGGUGAGCCGGCGAUCGAAGAGUGGACCCGUCGCUUCAUGCGUAGAACUGUUAAGUCUGAGGGCAGCGGCGAUUUCUUCUUGGGUAAACCAGACCAGUCUAGCCACAGCAGCAUCGAAGCCGGGGUCGGAGGCUUAGCGGGGACGUGGACCAUCGAUGAUGACUUUGGUGGCAUCUGCCAUUACUGAUGCAGACAUCAGUGCUGCUGGAUAAGUAGAUGUAGAUGUAUGCGCUACUGGCGUGAAACCCAACGCGCAACACAUGGCUCGAAGCGUGUCUAGAAUCGUUUGGGAAAUCAGUUCAUAACUGCUAGUUGAACAAAAUUGGCUCCUUCCGUUGAGACUUUGGCUCACGUGCUUGACGGCCUGUUGGCCCAUACGUACAGGAAGGUUGGUCUUAUGUUUACCAUUUGGUUGCUUCGCUGCCAAUGGACCGCUAGCGGAUAAAUAUGGACGUUAGCUUUCCAUCAACAAGACCCUACCUCGAUUGUCAAGUGUUUUGAGGUACAAGGCGAAGCUCGUUACCACUCGGUACGGUUGAGACUUCCUAUACGUUAUGAUGAAUAAAGUAUCCAGAAAAACUAGCAUGACUUCUUCAAGACAGCCGUCAAAUACGCCUGUUGCAUACCAAGCGAAAUAUCUGCGAAAAGUGAACUGGAAUGGCAGUCUGAAUCAGAUAUGGGAUAGUGGAAAGAGCUGGAAAACCCCCGUCGUUCAUCGAAGUCGGGGCAAUGUUGUGUGACUACUUGAUGGAUGUCGGAUUAGCUGUUUUUUGGCCUUGGAUCGUCUAUGAGAAUGGACGGG